AUGGUGAAGAAGAGAAGGAAGAAGAAGACGAAGAAGAAAAAGAACCAGAGGAAGAAGAAGAAAAAGAAGAAGCAGAGGAAGAAGAAGAAAAAGAAGAAGAGGAAGAAGAAGAAAAAGAAGAAGAAGAAGAAAAGGAAGAAGAAGAAGAAGAAGAAAAAGAAGAGGAAGAAGAAGAGAAGCAAGAAGAAGAAGAAAAAGAAGAAGAAGAAGAAAAAGAAGAAGCAGAGGAAAAAAAAGAAGAAGAAGAAAAAGAAAAAGAAGAAAAAGAAGAAAAAAGAAGAACAAGAAGCAGAAGAAGAGGAAGAAGAAGAGAAGCAAGAAGAAGAAGAAAAAGAAGAAGCAGAGGAAGAAAAAGAAGAAGAAGAAAAAAGAAGAAGAAGAAGAAGAGGAAGAAGAAGAGAAGCAAGAAGAAGAAAAAGAAGCAAAGCUUCAUUUAGGUCUCCCUACCUUAGAAUUAACACAAGUACAGAUACGUGCGCCUUUUAUAAUACAAAUUUUUUGUGACAUUUCAGUACACAUAUUGUAGUUGCGGGAGCCCUAAGCGUAUAUUGCGUGUAUUUCCGUGUCGUGCGCUGUUAUAGCUGGUAUGCCUAAAACUAAGCCUAAAGCUAAACCUAAAAAUAAGCCUACGAUUAAGCCUAAGCUAAGUCUAAAGCUAUGCCUAAAGAUAAGCCUAAGCUAAGUCUAAAGCUAAGCCUACGAUUAAGCCUAAGCUAAGUCUAACGCUAAGUCUAAAACUAAAACUAAGCCUAAAGCUAAGCCUAACGCUAAGCCUAAAGCUAAGCCUAAAGCCAAGCUUAAAUUUAAGCCUAAACUUCUAAAAUUAAGCUUAAAACUAAAUUUAAAGCUAAGCCUAAACCUAAAAAUAAGCCCAAACUCAAAAAAGUCUAAAAUUAAGCCUAAGUUAAAAAUAAAGUUUAAGCCUAAAAAUAAGCCUAAACUUAAACCUAGGUUUAAUAUAAUAGUAAGCAUACAGUAGCAGUGUGCUUAGUUUGUAUAAUAAUUACAAUUAUACAAACUAAGCCUAAAAAUAAGUUUAAGCCUAAAAAUAAGCCUAAACGUAAGCCUAAACUUAAAAAAGCCUGAAGCUAAGCAUAAGCUUAAAAUCAAGCCUAAACCGAAAUCGUAUGAAAUAUUAUAUCAAAAAAUAAUUUUGAAAUUUCAGGGCACAGCCAUAACCUGUCAGCACGGUGAGCAAGAAUGUGAGAUCAACACCUUCUUCUCUUGCGCUCAGGAACACAUCAACCCCUCCUUCGACUUCAUCUACUGCAUCGAACGUGAGCUCAAGAACUUCUCGACCUUUGCCACUUCCAAGACGAGGUGCUACAAGGAGCGGAACGUAGCCGCGGCUACACAAUCCCGCCUCCAAUCGUGCACGUAUGGCGCUGAAGGGAAGGCGCUUCAGAUGAAGGCGGCUCGGAUCACGGAAGCCGAGUUCCCCGAGCUACAUCUGACCGUACCCUAUACCAUAGUAAACAAUGUUAGCUUGGUUAGUGCGCAACAUAUGCGCAGUAACUUGGGGCUGAUGAUCUGUGAUUGGUACGUGGGACACAACUUUGUACCACCACCGUGCAAGGAACUGUCUUAA